GAGUGCCGGGAUGUGGCGGGCGGCGGUGCGAGCGCUGCGGGGCCGUGGCACCGGGACCGGUGCCCCCCGGGCCGCCUCGGGAGCGGCGGCGGCGCAGCUCCGGCAGCGGCUGGAGAGCGAGCUGGAGGACAUCCGUGGGGCCGGCACUUGGAAGAGCGAGCGCGUCAUCACCUCCCGACAGGGUCCCCACCUCCGCUUGGCGGGCGGCGGCGCCGGUGCGUGCGGGAGGCGGAGGGGAGGCCGUCCUUUCCACCGGUGCCAUGCCCCUGCUUGUCUCCCUCUCUUUCUUCCCGCAGGGAUCAUCAAUUUCUGCGCCAAUAACUACCUGGGGCUCUCCAGCCACCCCGAGGUGAUCCGCGCUGCUGUGGAGGCCUUGGAAAAGUUCGGCGCUGGGCUCAGCUCCGUGCGCUUUAUCUGCGGUACCCAGAGCAUACACAAGGACCUGGAGGAGAAAAUUGCACGUUUCCACCAGCGGGAAGAUGCCAUUCUUUAUGCCAGCUGCUUUGAUGCCAAUGCUGGUAUUUUUGAGGCCCUGCUGACCCCCGAGGAUGCAGUGCUGUCAGAUGAGCUGAACCAUGCUUCCAUCAUCGACGGGAUCCGCCUGUGCAAGGCCAACAAGUACCGCUACAAGCACAUGGACAUGCAGGACCUGGAGGCCAAGCUGAAGGAAGCACAGAAGCAUCGACUGCGGCUGGUGGCCACUGACGGUGCCUUCUCCAUGGACGGUGACAUUGCCCCCCUGAGGGAAAUCUGCCAGCUGGCCCAGAAGUACAAUGCCCUGGUCUUCAUUGAUGAAUGCCACGCCACGGGAUUCCUGGGACCCAAUGGGCGGGGUACUGAUGAGCUCCUGGGAGUGAUGGACAAAGUCACCAUCAUCAAUUCUACCCUGGGAAAAGCUCUUGGAGGAGCUGCAGGUGGGUACACAACAGGUCCCAAACCCCUCAUUGAUCUGCUCCGCCAGCGUUCCCGCCCGUACCUCUUCUCCAACAGCUUGCCCCCUGCUGUGGUGGGCUGUGCAUCCAAGGCCCUGGACUUGCUUAUGGAGAGCAAUGCCAUUGCACAGUCUAUGGCUGCCAAAACCCAACGGUUCAGAAGUAAGAUGACGGUAGCUGGCUUCACCAUCUCGGGGAAAGACCACCCCAUCUGUCCAGUCAUGCUGGGGGAUGCUCGGCUGGCAUCAGUGAUGGCAGAGGACAUGCUCAACAGAGGCAUUUAUGUCAUUGGCUUCAGCUACCCUGUGGUGCCCAAGGGGAAGGCGCGCAUUCGGGUCCAGAUCUCAGCUGUGCACAGUGACGAGGACAUCGACCGCUGCGUGGAAGCCUUCACAGAGGUGGGACGGAAGCAUGGAGCGCUGCCUUGAGGGGCCAGAAAGCACCUCCUCAGCACCAUCCCUGCCCACAACCAAGUGCCUCUGAUGGGGGAAAAAGGCUUGAGCAGCACACUGCAGAAAGCAGGGCCAUUCCUCAAGGCACCACAGCCUGCAUCACAAGUCAGCCAGCUGGCUGGUGCAACAUGCUGGCAGUAGCACUGGCAACCAACACUUAAAAGUGUCAUUAAAGGUGUCCUGCAGUGCAGCAGA